CAUGUUGAAAGUCAAAAUUUCGAAUAUGAAGAUGCUAAAAAUAAAGAAAUAAGCAAAUUGAUCAAGAAUUCUAUGUCAACGGAGGGAGUAGAGAGAGCUGAAACAGCUCGUUUGAAAAGAGUUUUUGACCUGGUAGAUUAUGUAAGAAAAACAAUAGAAAAAGAACAGAUCAAUCUAGAAACUUUUCUUGAAAAAAUUAGGCCUUUAAAUUUUACUUUAAAUUAUCUGAAAGAAGUAGAAUCUGAAGAAUUUAGAAAACUUGUCAAGUUAGUAAUAGAAAAAAUAAAGAAUUGA